AUGGCCCUGGGACAGAGGCUGUUCAUCACUAUGUUCCGGGGAGUAGGACAUGUUCAGGGCACGCUGCAGGCUCUCGUCUUCUUAGGCGUCCUAGUGGGCAUGGUGGUGCCCUCACCUGCGGGCACCCGCGCCAACGGCACGCUGCUGGACUCCAGAGGCUGGGGCACCCUCUUGUCCAGGUCUCGAGCUGGGCUAGCUGGAGAGAUUUCGGGUGCGAAUUGGGAAAGUGGCUAUUUGGUGGGCAUCAAGCGGCAGCGGAGACUCUACUGCAACGUGGGCAUUGGCUUCCACCUCCAGGUGCCCCCCGACGGCCGGAUCAGUGGGACCCACGAGGAGAACCCCUACAGCCUGCUGGAGAUUUCCACGGUAGAGCGGGGUGUGGUGAGCCUCUUUGGUGUGAAAAGCACCCUGUUCAUCGCCAUGAACAGUAAAGGAAGACUGUACACAACGCCCAGCUUCCAAGAGGAAUGCAAGUUCAGAGAAACCCUCCUUCCAAAUAAUUACAACGCCUACGAGUCAGACCUGUACAGAGGGACCUACAUCGCACUGAGCAAAUAUGGACGGGUAAAGCGGGGCAGCAAGGUGUCCCCAAUCAUGACUGUCACUCACUUCCUCCCCAGGAUAUAAGGACCCACGAGUGCAGGAAGGCUCACAAAAUGACAGCUGCGUCUUUUCUGUUGGAAUUUUCCACAAGAGAACAGUUCUGCUCUCUGCUCAUAUCCUGUGACUUCUGAGUCUGGCUUAUCUUGUGCCUCAAGAGACCGGAGUUGGUUUCCUUGGCCACUGGACUGCAUGGCAUGUAACCCGCAUGACUGAAGGGUUGCAGUUGACAUCUCGGAAUGGCAGUGGAUCCUGUACUUUGACCUCACCUGAGGAGAGACAGUAUAUAUGAUACUUGUGACUUGUGGUCCCAUGCAUAAGAAAAGGCCAGGAUGGGAGUGUACCUGUGGCCAUGCAUACCCACACAUCUUCGUGUAGAUUCUCAGAGCAAAGGCAUUUCAAAAAUUUUUUUCUUUCUCCUGACAUUGUCACUGCAAGAAUCUUCCUGUCGAAGCAUCACUUGUCAAGUCAGCGGGAUUGAGGUGUGCCUCAUUAUAUCUUGUUCUUAUCACCCAUUCAUCCACAUCCAUUCAUCCAGAGGCAUUAACUGCACCAGGUGUCUGAGUGACAGUGAGCGGCUGUCUUUUACAUGUAGGGAGGAAGGGGGGGUUGAAAAAGUAUUUGCAAACUAGAAAAAAAUAACCUGGCACCCUGGACUCCAUGCCCACUGGACUUCUGAGAACUCCACGAUGCAUUGUUAAGGAAGCUGGGGGACAAGGAGACCCCUCCUUGGAAGAAAGUGAUAGAACAGUGUUUGUGGCCAUUGGGGAGAUCUGGGAAGGCAGAGGGACUGGAUGUUCUGUAGAGAGCAGCACUGCCUGGAGGGCUUUAAGCUGUGUGUGACUCUAAGAACUGGCCAGCACCAGGCCGCCUGCCCAUAACGUUUCCUCACUUUGAACCAGGUCUUAUUUUAACCUCAGAUGACAAGGAUCCUAAUAAUGGCAACCUCCCUGGCAAAGAAGGGCAGUGUGCAAAUUAGGGCAUGAAGGAAGUCCAGAGGCUUUGGACUCACCACGGUGAUCCCUCUCCAACUAUGUCCAGGAAACGCGCCCAAGUUCUCACCAGAUACCCUCACUUCCUCCUCACUGUCCCAAUCGUACAUACACAAUGCCUCCUGGAUGCCGUAGGAUGGGCACUGAGACCUUUUGUGUGUGCCCCUCUUCCUCACUACAGUAGGAGAGGCGUGAUAAUCCCGGGAUUCAGGCAGCCAAGCUGAAGUGGCUUCUUGCUCUACAAUGCCUUCAUGCCUCUUGUCCUUUGAGAGUAUUUUAAACUGAGGUUCCCCGAGAGACUAUAAAUGUGGUCUGCCUCGAGCCUGCAGAUUCCUGAACUCUUGGAAUGUUCCUAAAUCUGAUACCAGUGAGAGCCAUAUCAGUGCACAAAUAUUUUCAGCAUAUGUUACAAAAUGACCUGACACCCUCUGCUACUCUUGGGAGCCCUGACCUGCAAGGCAAUCCCUCAUCUGUUGCAAAUGCCUCCCUCUCCAACAUACCUCUCUAUUCGUAGCUUCACCACUCUGUAGAAGCUCUGAGCUCAGGGACUCUGAGUGGAAGAUGGAGGUUGGCAAUACAAAAGAGAGACACCAUUCUAGCUCCCUCCUUUGCCCUCAAGUGUCAGGGUGGACAAGCGAUGGGUGAGGAGGAAGGGUAGGAGCUAGGUGAGACAAAUUAACAUGAACAUCCCCAACUACAAGGAACCCAGUCUUGGCUCAGUGUAAGGGGAAGAGAAACUGGCCCAUCUUAACUGCUAGGAUGUUGGAGUGCAAGUCAGUUGGGAAGGAGAGAAAGACACCUUUCUUUAGGACAUCUUCGCCAGUGCCAUCAACCUCAUCACAGGGUUUGUGAGAAAUUGGUCACUUGGAAUUUUGAGUGUGUUCAUUCUUGAUGGAACUAUAAGGACAGGAUGGCUGGGGCUGUGGUCUGAGAUAGGGAUAGGAAAAAAUAUUUUAAGCCUCGAGACAGUCAACCACCAGCCUCCUUGCCUCCCUUCCCUCCCUUCCUGUCUUUCUUUCUAGAUCUUUAGACCUACAUACCUCAAGCCACUGUACUCUAGAGAGGUUGCAAGCCACUGGGCUGCUGGAUUUUCCCCCCUUUUUGCUGAGGCUCAGGAGGCUGCUCAAAUCCUGACAAGAAGUUUCACCAAUUGUCCACUUGCGCCUUUCGUGAUCAGGGUAUGAAAGAGAAGCUACAGAAUCCCCGGAUGGAGCAGGCCCAGUGUCCAGCUGAUGGGAAGCAGUACUGGCACGAGGAUUUCCUUUAUGGUCCAAUGCAUGGCUGAUAAUUUCAACUUUUUCUCAUGGAAAGAAAUUCUCUUAAGAGGUUUCUCUUUGACCUCAAAUGACUUGGGUGAAGCCCAAUUCACAGGCAAAUUAAGGGACAAGAGAAGAACACAGCCAGUGAGAGGUGUGGUAAAUGCCUUCUCUCAGGCCACUGUGAACAGGGGUGGAGUGUUAUUUCCUGGUCACCUGCUCUCCUCGAAGCUAUUGUUUGUAACCCUCUCACUGAUAUGCAAUAUAUAAAUUCAUGGGGGCAGACCUGGAGAGAUGGCUCAGUGGUUAAGAGCACUUGAUACUCUUUCAGAGAAACUAGGUUCAGUUUCUGGUACCCACAAGGUGGCUACAGCCAUCUUUUACUCCCUAAUGUCCAACACCCCAUCCCUCCUGGCUCCAAGGGCACUGCACAGAUGUGCAGACAAAACAUCUCAUCGUCCCACUGCCUUGUGACACCUCUUUGCUUCCUACUUCCAAUACAUAUUUUUACCUUCCUUUGGAAGACAGUGGACAGUCUAAUAAUGAAACCCUGUCAUUACCCUUCCCAGACUCCUGCUCUGUUGCAUCCCACAGUUACCCCAACAGACAAAGUUAUCCUCACACAUUGCUCCAAGCCCUUGGUCACAACCAUUCUAUGGUUUAAGAACAGGUCUUUUUUUCUUGUUAUCUGAAUCAAUACAACCUGUCUUCCUUUUAGACAUAUGUUUAUCUCUAGAUAAAACAGCCUAGGCCUGAAAUCCGAUCCUGUCCCCAGUCCUAGCCUGUGAGGUUUGACAUUCUUCACAUGUGGCCUCCAGCCCCUUUCACUGCCCCAAGACCACAGAUGCUUCAGGUUCUGAAGAAGGAAGGACACUGAAGAGUCCAUGACUCUCAUUGCCUUUGUCACGAGUGCUGUGGUUGCUGGCCCUAAGUCUCCAGCAUAAUAACAUCUCUGCUGAGAUUCCUUUCCGGCCAUUUUUUGUAUGGAGCUAAGCUAGAAAGCAUCAACUUUCUAUCCUUAUGUCUUCCCUUAAGUAAAACCCCAAGUCACUCGUCACAGAACAGGUGACACCCCCUCCUCACAGUGAGUUUCUCCUACCUUCCCUCUCCAUGAUGACCUAGCCAUCCAUGCCACUUCUUUGAAACAGCACCAAAGAUAGAAAUGUUGGAACAAGGCUGGAACCAACAGAAAUACUCGAAGCUAUGCUUACAUCUGAGUGGAUGGAGUCUCUUCAUGGAGCAGGAGUAGAGUGGCUACCCCCAACCAGACCCUGACUCUAGGGCAGUGUGCAGAUCGCCAACAUGGAGCCAUGUUUGUAUACCUCAUGAACUACCGAAACCCCAGCCUCAGACACGGUCCUCUUUGUCUUCACUGUUAAGGACCUCGGGCUGGGUCCUGGUGCAGACCUGUCCUCAAGCUUGAGGGCAGUGGGUAAGAAAUCCAGAAGCUGUUCAGUCAUGUGCUUGUGAAAUGUGAUGUUUCUAUUUUUAAUAUGUAUGUGCUAUGCACAAACCAUAACAUGUUCCAGCAAGAAGUUAAAGGUCUUUUUAUACAUUUCUCUAAACUGUUUGACUCCACCCCUCCCAUUAAAAGCGACAACAAA